AUGUUAUCUUUAAUUACAUCGUUUCUUCCGAGUUUACCUGGAUGGCUGACGCUCGAUGCAACCCCCCUGGACAGUCUACUCCAAGGACUUAUCGGCGCAUGUGGGAUCUCUGUUCUCUGUAACCUGUUGAGAGUACACGUAUUCUUAGAGGCUGAAAGUUCAAGCAACAAAAGCAGCAGUAAAGAGACAUCUAUGCAGAAGAAAUCAAGGCAUCAAGCCAGUGCUACAUUUGGGCUGAGUGGAACUCUCCAGUUCUUGUUCCUGUCAGUGAUGCUGGCUGUAGUGGGCUCUCGGGUUGCCUCCCUGGUGGUUCUAGAGUUCUCCCUCAGAGCAGUGUCAGCUUGGGUCACAGCUGGACCAGAGUCCAGUAGGUUCCUACAGCAGCUGCUGGUCCAGUGCCAGUUCUCCCUGGGUUGUGCCCUCAGCUGCAGUCUCCAUUUCCUCCACGAGGGGGCGCCGCAGCGCUGGCUCUGCCUUCUCCUAGCUGCAGGACUGAGCUGGUUCCUGGCCAGCCAGACUGGGCGCCUACGGCUCCAUGUCACUACACUGUACAAACUACACAGUUCCCAGCACUACUGUGGAGUGUGCAUUGCACUGCUUACAUCAGGUUGCUCUUUGUUACCACACCUGACCAGGGCCCUUAUGCUCAGCUUUGCAGUGGCUGCCAUUUCCGCCAUAUCUAUAAUAAACAAACACUUCCUCUCAGCUACAGAAGCCCUCAGGUUCUGGACUCCACUGACAAUCUGCUACACACUGCUGGUGGUGUAUAUGCAGGAGGAGCAACAUCGCCAGCCAAGUGGCCAAGCUGUUAUAAACACAGUGGUGGUGCGUCUGGGGGGGCUCAUGGUCCUGAUGCUGACUGUCGGCCGCUGGGCAGAUGUGCUCCAUAUCCUUCUGUGCUUCCUGGGUGAGGCUGGCUGUCUGAUACCCUCCAGAGACCUGUUGGAUGCUACAACACAGGAUAUGGAGGAAGUUCCCAGACAUUCCCAGGGUAGUGAGAACCGUAGGAGACACCUGACACCUGGCAAAGACCACCAGAGUUAAGUCAUGGGAAGAAACUAUUUGUGCUGGGAAUCUUUCUUAGCAAUAGUCUAUUAUAUUCUAUGAUUAUAAGUGUUUCCUUUUAUACCUAGAAAGGGUAUAAUGAAAAUAAUAAUAAAAUUGUAUUAUGACACAUCUACUAACCUUUUGAAUAAGGUACCUUGCAAUAAUGUUAUUUUCACAUAGAAAUGCAGAGCUUUUGGGAGAUAGGAAUGAUGCUCUUGCCUUUGUUUUCAAAUAUCACUGCCAUUAAAUUAAGCCAGAAGCUGUUUAGAAUGCACAGAAUGGACCUUAUCAGCCCUGAAGUAAUCUAACAAAUACUGCUUUAGUGUAAAGCAUUGGUUAAGGCUACAUCAUAUCAUGUAACAGUAGCAGCUACUGUAACAGUAUCACUUCACGCCAGAGAUGUGAUCAUAAUCCCCUGAACACAGGAUGUUUAUGGUAUACAAUUUCCUCUACUUUCUUUGGGUAGAUUGUAUUUCAUCACAGGCAGGAUCUCCAGCGCAAGCUAUGUCAUAUUAUGUUACAGUGGCAAGGAAAUGUACGUCAACCCUUUGGAAAUACCUGGACUUCUGCAUGAAUUGGUCAUAAAAUGUUAUCUGGUCUUCAUCUAGGUCACAACAAUAGACAAACACAGUCUUCUUAAACUAAACACACAAACAAUUAUAAGUUUUCAUGUCUUUAUUGAACACCGUGUAAACAUUCACAGUGCAAGAUUGAAAAAGUAUGUGAACCCUUGGAUUUAAUAACAGGUUGACCCUCCUUUGGCAGCAAUAACCUUAACCAAACGUUUUCUGUAGUUGCGGAUCAGACCUGCACAACGGUCAGGAGGAAUUUUGGACCAUUCCUCUUUACAACACUGUUUCAGUUCAGCAAUAUUCUUGGGGUGUCUGGUGUGAACUGCUCUCUUGAGGUCAUGCCCCAGCAUCUCAAUCAGGACUCAGGUCAGGACUCUGACUGGGCCACUCCAGAAGGCGUAUCUUCUUCUGUUGAAGCCAUCUGUUGUUGAUUUACUUCUGUGUUUUAGGUCGUUGUCCUGUUGCAUCAUCCAACUUCUGUUGAGCUUUAAUUGGCGGACAGAUAGCCUUACAUUCUCCUGCAAAAUGUCUAGAUAAACUUGGGAAUUCAUUUUUCCAGCGAUGAUAGCAAGCUGUCCAGGCCCUGAGGCAGAAAAGCAGCUCCAAACCAUUAUGCUUCCUCCACCAUACUUUACAGUUGAGGUGAGGUUUUGAUGUUGGUGUGUUGUGCCUUUUUUUCUCCACACAGUGUUGUUUGUUCCUUCCAAACAACUCAACUGUAGUUUCAUCUGUACACAGAAUAUUUUGCAAGUAGCGCUGUGGAACAUCCAGGUGCACUUUUGUAAACUUCAGACGUACAGCAAUGUUUUUUUUGGACAGAAGCGACUUCUUCCGUGAUGUCCUCCCAUGAACACCAUCCUUGUUUAGUGUUUUACAUAUCGUAGACUCGUCAACAGAGAUGUUAGCAUGUUCCAUAGAUUUCUGUAAGUCUUUAGCUGACACUGUAGGAUUCUUCUUAAACUCACUGAGCAUUCUGCGCUGUGCUCUUGCAGUCAUCUCUGCAGGACGGCCACUCCUAGGGUGUAGCAACAGUGCUGAACAUUCUCUAUUUAUAGGCAAUUUGCCUUACCAUGAACUGAUGAACAUCAAGGCUUUUAGAUAUACUUUUGCAACCCUUUCCAGCUUCAUGCAUAUCAACCAUUCUUAAUCUUUGGUCUUCUGAGAUCUCUUUUGUUCAAGGCAUUAUUCACAUCAGGCAAUGCUUCUUGUGAAUAACAAACUGAAAUUUUGUGCGUGUUUUUUAGGUCAAGGCAGCUCUAACCAACAUCUCCAAUCUUGUCUCAUUGAUUGGACCAGGUUAGCUGACUCCAAUUAGCUUUUGGAGAAGUAAUUAGCCUAGGGGUUCACAUACUUUUUUUCAACCUACAGUCGUUGCCAAAAGUUGAGAAUGACACAGAUAUUAAUUUUCACAAAGUCUGCUGCCUCAGUGUCUUUAGAUAUUUUCGUCAGAUGUUACUAUGGAAUACUGAAGAAUAAUUUCAAGCAUUUCAUAAGUGUCAAAGUGUUUUAUUGACAAUUACAUGAAGUUGAUGCAAAGAGUCAAUAUUUGCAGUGUUGACCCUUCUUUUUCAAGACCUCUGCAAUCCGCCCUGGCAUGCUGUCAAUUAACUUCUGGGCCACAUCCUGACUGAUGGCAGCCCAUUCUUGCAUAAUCAAUGUUUGGAGUUUGUCCGAAUUUGUGGGUUUUUGUUUGUCCACCCGCAUCUUGAGAAUUGACCACACGUUCUUAAUGGGAUUAAGGUCUGGGGAGUUUCCUGGCCAUGGACCCAAUAUAUCAAUGUUUUGUUCCCCGAGCCACUUAGUUAUCACUUUUGCCUUAUGGCAAGGUGCUCCAUCAUGCUGGAAAAGGCAUUGUCCGUCACCAAACUGUUCCUGGAUGGUUGGGAGAAGUUGCUCUUGGAGGAUGUGCUGGUACCAUUCUUUAUUCAAGGCUGUGUUCUUAGGCAAAAUUGUGAGUGAGCUGAGAAGUAACCCCACACAUGAAUGGUCUCAGGGUGCUUUACUGUUGGCAUGACACAGGACUGAUGGUAGCGGUCACCUUGUCUUCUCUGGACAAGGUUUUCUCCGGAUGCUCCAAACAAUAGGAAAGGGGAUUCACCAGAGAAAAUGACUUUACCCCAGUCCUCAGCAGUCCAAUCCCUGUACGUUUUGCAGAAUAUCAGUCUGUCCCUGAUGUUUUUCCUGGAGAGUAGUGGCUUCUUUGCUGCCCUUCUUGACACCAGGCCAUCCUCCAAAAGUCUUCGCCUCACUGUGCGUGCAGAUGCACUCCCACCUGCCUGCUGCCAUUCCUGAGCAAGCUCUGUACUGGUGGUGCCCCGAUCCCGCAGCUGAAUCAACUUUAGGAGACGGUCCUGGCGUUUGCUGGACUUUCUUGGGCGCCCUGACGCCUUCUUCACAACAACUGAACCGCUUUCCUUGAAGUGCUUGAUGAUCCGAUAAAUUGUUGAUUCAGGUGCAAUCUUACUGGCAGCAAUAUCCUUGCCUGUGAAGCCCUUUUUGUGCAAAGCAAUGAUGACGACACGUGUUUCCUUGCAGGUAACCAUGGUUGACAGAGGAAGAACAAUGAUUCCAAUCACCACCCUCCUUUUGAAGCUUCCAGUCUGUUAUUUGAACUCAAUCAGCAUGACAGAGUGAUCUCUAACCUUGUCCUCAUCAACACUCACACCUGUGUUAACAAGAGAAUCACUGGCAUGAUAUCAGCUGGUCCUUUUGUGGCAGGGCUGAAAUGCAGCAGAUUUUUUAUAUUUUUAGAUUCAGUUCAUUUGCAUGGCAAAGAGGGACUUUGCAAUUAAUUGCAAUUCAUCUGAUCACUCUUCAUAACAUUCUGGUGUAUAUGCAAAUUGCCAUCAUAUAAACUGAGACAGCAGACUUUGUGAAAAUGAAUAUUUGUGUCAUUCUCAAAACUUUUGGCCACAACUGUACACUGUGAAUGUUUAAAUUAUGUAUUCAACAUAUAGAAAAAUAUGAUACAUUGUGUGUUUAUUAGUUUAAGCACACUGUUUGUCUAUUGUUGUGACUUAGAUGAAAAUCAUAUGAAAUUUGAUGACACAUUUAAUUCAGAAAUCCAGGUAAUUCCAAAGGGUUCACAUACUUUUUCUUGCCACUGUAUAUUAAUGUGAACCAUGUCAACUCAUCUUGAAAAUAAACUUGUACAAAAUGGCUGAAGCAUAAUGUUGGCACUUGUAAGUCACACAAAAUGGCGUUAUACAAAAUGACUCUUCAGGCUAUUUUCAGAAAAGAGGAACAAACCAAUCCCAUAACUCACUGCAUAAAGUGUCAAAUCUAAUAGUUUGAAUUCUGAUUGUUUUGAGUGUCUUCAGACACUCAAGUAUAUUACGUGUAUGAAUAAAUUGACAAUAAUUACAUCGAAUAUACCGAAACACUCAAAUGUCAAUUAUGCCUUCCACAAAAAGCCUAUUCGGCGCUGUUUUCCUUGCUGUAUGCAGUUCUCGUUUAAAUCCGAAAUUUAUGGCACCCACAAACCAGAUUUUUAUCAGUCCUUUAUCUUUUGAUAGCAGUUUUGAGAAACGGUUUAUAUGCGCCGAUUUUAUUUGACAGUGGGUGAUUUAUUUGCCUGCAUCCAAAAUGGGGCUUUGUUUAUUCCGUUAAUUUAUUCCAUGAUCUGUUGAAGAAAUGUGGAUAAUAAAACGGUGCCGCAUUUUCAAAAUAAUCCAGGGUCGACCAAGACCGAAGUUGUAAAGGACAUUGGCAUGGUAUAGGUUCGGUAGUUCCACCACAAUGUUUUUAGGCAAUACGAACAUUUUACAAUCCACGAUGUUAUUGGUAGACUUUAUUAAGCUGUUCCUUUUUACAUCAGAACGAUGAAUUCGUUGAGUUUACUGGAAAGACACGAUUAUUUCCAACAGCGCUCAAGUAUGGAUUUCUUAAAAUAAAAAUAAACUGUGGGAAUUAUAAUUUUCCUGUACCUCCUCUGACGGCUGGACUCUACUGUAGUUUAUUUCUAGAAAUGUCUCUAUUGACCCCUUGGUAGCAUGCCAUACGCAUGCGUCCUUGUUCCAAAAUGCAGAUCCUUUUUUUUUACCGCAUUGCAGCGCAUGCCUACGUAGGCCAACUCGUUUUCAAAAUUCGUUAUCAAUCUUUAUUCAAACUGUCCAUUAGAUUUCAUGAAACCUUGACUGUAAACUGUAUCAUUCCUUCAAGUAAUUUGAUAUUUAACUAGCCUACUGCACUUGCAACACCAUGGACGUUGACCUAUAUGCUAUCAUAUCUUAUCACAUUGUAUACUUGGUUUUUUGGACUUGUGCCUGAUUUCUGCUGGCAAAAGUGUUUAAUUACUGACAUUGUGGUAUAGGCACUAAAUUGAAAAUGCAUUGCAACUCAUUUACUUAUUCAAAAGGGCUCUCGUGACAAUUGUGUGAUAUUAUUCUCUUGUUUUCACUCUGUGUUCCUCAUGUUGAUUUCAAACUAUGUUCUGCUCAUUCAGAAGAACAGAAGUUAGUUAUAUGUUUAGUUCUUGCAGAUAUGAAAAGAGUAUAGUCUGUUUGUGCUUGCUCCAAUACUGCAUUUUUCAGGUAUAGCCUGUCUUAUUCACGGUUCAAAUCGGGGUUUGUAGGUGAUGGUACUGUCCACCAAAUUGGUGGCCCUUCCAUUGUGGUUUUGACUAGAAAUCUGUUUAAUUCCUAAUGUUAAAGGUCCAAUUCAGCUGUUUUUAUCUCAAUUUUAAAUAAUUUAUUUGUAACAAUUAAGCACUUAACUGUGAUUGUUUUCAGUUAAAAUGGUAAAAAAAAAUAAUAAUAAUAAAGCUUCUUAGCAAAGAGCAAUUUCUCAAGCAAUAAUUUUGCUAGGACUGUCUGGGAAUGGUCUGAGUGGGAAGGGGACAACUGAAAACUAGCUGUUAUUGGUAGAAAGGUUUUACUCUCUUUGUGGGUUUUUAACAAAUUUACCGCCAUGUGUCUCAGAGGGUAUCUUUGUGUCUCAGUUGCUAUGUGUGCAACCUGAACUUGUGACGUGUUCCAGGGCAUCAGUAUUAACACAUACAUUUUAAGUCGGAAGUUUACAUACACCUUAGCCAAAUACAUUUAAACUCAGUUUUUCACAAUUCCUGACAUUUAAUCUGAGUAAAAAUUCCCUGUUUUAUGUGAGUUAGGAUCAUCACUUUAUUUUAAGAUCAGAGGACAUAUCUCCAAAAAGUAAGAUCUUCGUCCCCAUGUGCAGUUGCAAACCAUAGUCAGGCUUUUUUUAUGGCGGUUUUGGAGCUGUGGCUUCUUAGGACUCGUUUUACUGUGGAUAUAGAUACUUUUGUACCCGUUUCCUCCAGUAUCUUCACAAGGUCCAUUGCUGUUGUUCUGGGAUUGAUUUGCACUUUUUCACACUUUUUGCACCAAAGUACGUUCAUCUCUAGGAGACAGAACGUGUCUCUUUCCUGAGCGGUAUGACAACUGCGUGGUCCCAUAGUGUUUAUACUUGCAUACUAUUGUUUGUUCAGAUGAACGUUGUACCUUCAGGUGUUGGAAAUUGCUCCCAAGGAUGAACCAGACUUGUGGAGGUACACCCCCAAUUGACUCAAAUUAUAUCAAGUAGCUUGACAGAAACUUCUAAAGCCAUGACAUAAUUUUCUGGAAUUUUCCAAGCUGUUUAAAAGGCAUAGUCAACUUAGUGUAUGUAAACUUCUGACCCACUGGAAUUGUGAUACAGUGAAUUAUAAGUGAAAUAAUCUGUCUAUAAACAAUCGUGCACAAAGUAGAUGUCCUAACCGGCUUGCCAAAACUAUAGUUUGUUAACAAGAAAUUUGUGGAGUGGUUGAAAAACAAGUUUUAGUGACUCCAACCUAAGUCUAUGUAAACUUCCGACUUCAACUGUACCAAUCGGCACACUAGCUCUGAUCCAGGGCAUUAUGUUAGUGUGUUUAGUAGCAUAGUGGUUGAAGUUGGGAGAGUUAGCUAGCUAGCUUUUUUCAGGAUGAAUAUAUUGUUUUUAUAAUUUUUUGGAUACACUGUUAUUAUUAAUGCAAAAAAAUCACUACAACCAUGCAACCACUGUUGCUUGUACUUUAGCUGUCACCUUGAUAAAUUGGCUACACUGGAUAGCUAGUACUACUAGCAAAGAUAGACAACUAACCUCUUAUCUGCCCUACUUUUAAUUUUAAAUGUAAUUGCACACCGAUGCUGUUGGUGGUAAUGCCUCAUCCUCUCUGUCACCAUUCAACAUCCUGUCUCAUCUUGUCUCACAGCGAAGGUACAGUGCCUUCAGAAAGUAUUCAUACCCCUUGACUUAUUUGAAAUGUUGUUGUGUUACAGCCUGAUUUUCAAAAUUGAUUAAAUACAACUAUUCUCACCCAUCUACACACAAUACCCCAUAAUGACAUCGCGAAAACAUGUUUUUAGAAAUCUUUGCACAUUUAUUGAAAAUGCAAUACAGAAAUAUAUCAUUUACAUAAGUAUUCACAUCCCUGAGAAUACUUUGUAAAAGCACCUUUGGUGGCAAUUACAGCAUUGGGUUGUCUUGGGUAUAUCUAUGAGCUUUGGGGAUUUUCUUGCAUUCUUCCUUGCAGAUUUUCUCAAGCUCUGUUAAAUUAGAAGGGGAGCAGCAGUGAACAGCAAUCUUCAAGUCUUUCCACAGAUUUUCAAUGGGAUUCAAGUCUGGACUUUGGGCACUCAAGGUCUUUUACUUUCACAUUCUUGUUCUGAAGCCAUUCCAGCUUUGCUUUGGCUGUAUGCUUGGGGUCAUUGUCCUGUUGGAAUGUAAAUGUUCACCCUAGUCUAAGGUCAUUUGCACUCUGAAGCAGGUUCUCAUUAAGGAUUUGCCUGUAUUUGGCUCCAUUCAUUGUUCCCUCUGUCCUUACCAGUCUCUCAGUCCCUGCCGCUGAAAAGCAUCCCCAUAGCGUGAUGCUGCCACUACCAUGCUUCACAGUAGGGAUGGUAUUAGAUGGGUGAUGAGCUGUGCCUGGUUUUCUCCAGACAUAGCGCUUUGCAUUCAGGCCAGAGUUCAAUUUUUGUCUCAUCAGAACACAUAAUAUUUUGCCUUAUGCUCUGAGACUUUCACAUGCCUUUUUGCAAACUUCAGGCAUGCUGUCAUGUGCCCUUUUCUCAGGAGUGGCUUCCGUCUGGCCACUCUCCCAUAAAGUCCAGAUUGGUGGAACGCUGUAAAGACUGUUAAGGGUGUCAGAGUGGUCAUUUGGUUCUUGGUCACCUCCCUGACCAAGGUCCUUCUUGCCCGGUUGCUCAGUUUGGUCGAAAGACCAGCUCUAGGCUGGUCAUUUAUUUAUUAUUUUCAAGAAUUUGUAAUACAUUUCUAUAAACUUAUAAAUACCGUAUGAGCUUAGUACAAAUGUCUAAUAAAUAUUUUAUUCUC